CAUAUCAAGACAUUUAUCAAAUAUUCUUAUAUAAUAUAUAAUUCUUAAAUAAUCAUUGUUUACACCUUGUGUUCGCAUAGUAUUUACUUUGUAAAUCCAGAACAUUUCUCUGUGAUGGUAAUUUGGGAAGAACCUGUUCCAGGCCAACAUAGUUUAAUGAGGAGCUGGGAGCCAUAUUUCCCCUCAAAGUAAUAUUUAAUAUUCUGUGUUGCCUGGAACUUUUUGGUUUGGCCUUCAUAAGGGCAGGUAAGCACAUAGAUAAUGUUAGUAGAAAUACAGCUGAUUAAUUGUUUGUGGAAAAAUCUUUGAGCAAUAAGUAGAUGUGGAAAGAAUUUGCAAUUGGUGUUAUUAUUACAUUGCCUGCAUUAGCCACAUCAGUAGUUGCUAUUAAUGAAAACCAAGUAUCUCGCAAUUUUGGAGCUCAUCUGUAUACAAAGAUAGGAGGGUUUGAAAACAUGUCCUUGAGCAUGGGUUCCAUUUGUGGGGAUUGGCAGUAUAAUCUCAGUAUAAGUUGUUGUGUUUGAUCAACACAAUAGUUGUAGUCUACAACGGAACACAGUCUCGGGGAACCCCUAGACCAGGGGUGCAUCGUGCAGAGCAGUUUAUCAUCCACAUAGCAAUGAAAGUGAAUGUUGCAUUGUCUUCCUAUCUGUCCAAGGGGGACCAGAUCAAGUAGGAAUUAAAUUGGUCCCAGAACGGACCCUUGGGGGACAACACAAGUGACAGCUCAUAUCACUUAUUUGGGCCUCUCCUAGGAGAUGAUGUCUAUUCAUCAUGUAUGAGGUAAACCAUUGUAGAGAAGUUCCGCAUAGUGAAAUGCAUUCCCUUAGAGAACAUGUAACAAUCCUCAGUGUCGAAGGCAGCGCUGAGAUCAAGGAGGAGUAAGAUGAAUGUAGACCUAAAGUCGGAUGCCAUAAACAGGUCGUUAUUGACUUUAACUAGCGCGGUUUCUGCAUUAUGAAACGGUCUAAAUCCAGGCUGGAAACUUUCAUUGAGUUCCUGAGACAAUCGAUGUGACUGGAGCUGGGCUGAAACAACCAUUUUCAGACUUUAGAGAUGAAGGGGAAGUCUGAGACAGACUGUAGGUUGAGAAAGAUUCAUAUUCAAGGCAAUGGCUGCGAGUUUGAACUGAGAGGAGACAGCAGCUAAAUCAAGGGAUGUUGAUGUUGGUAACCAAUUGUGAGAGACCAGGUGAGCAAGGAUUUCAGCAGGGGUGAGGGAAUGAGGUCAAAGAAACACCUCCUUAAUUUCAUCACUUCAUUUCAAGUACAGAGCACAUCACAGACAGUGUACCAACCACUUUUUUAUUCAGUUCAAUUCAAUUUAGUUAUAUAGUGCUUUUCACAUAGCAGCUUUUCAGAGAUCCGGGCUUGAAAAAAAAAUUUAACCUGAAAUUCCAAUGAUUAAAAUAACAGGAACAAUAUGAGUUUAAGACACAGCAGGAGGUAGAAGAGGGCAAUUUCAGGCAGCUUUUUUCCAGGAGAAGAUUUGGGGGCAGUGGUGAAAGAACUCCUGACUGUUUAGAUAAAGAAUUCAUAUUACAGAAGAAUUCACCCAGAGCAAACUCGGGUUCAUUACACCCGCUGGGCCUGUAUGACAAUGCUAACAACCCGCUGUGUGUGCUUCUGCAAGUGAGCUGCCACUUCACACGGUUACCUCUGAUUCAUACAGGUCUGCAUUCAGAUACAUGCGUGCGUGCGUGUGUGUGUGUGUGUGCGUUUAUGUGUGUGUGUGUGCGUGUGUGUAUGUGAGAGAGAGAGAGAGAGAGAGAGAGAAAGAAUUUCAUUACAUUCCCCUUGCAGAGGAAUGAUUCAAUUUUCCUUUUUGACUUUGCAGUGAAGGGCAUUGAUAUAUAUUGUGGUAUUAGCCUAGCAAAGCAAAGCCUUGUGUAUAAGAUACUUUUUUGAGCGGCUUAUAAGCCAUUUCUGCUCAUCUAUUAAAUUGUGCAACUCUUCGCCAAUAUUUAUGGAUACUUCUGAUAUUUUUCAGAUACAUUUUUACUCACAAAAUAGGCUAUGCUUUAAGAGAGAAACCCUGAAGAGUAUGAUAUAACUGAAUUUGUUAAAAGAGCGAUGAAAGGGAAAGAAAAUAUAUAAUGUACCAUAAUCCGUUACCACCAUCUUACUCCGUGUGAUAGCAUAUAUUUUACAGUAUGUAAUUUUAUCAUAUCUUAUUUCCAUAUUACAAGCGUGACAGUACUUUAGCUGUUGUAUUUUCCAUUACACGUAUUAUAUUUUGGCUUAAACUGUCUUUCAUUUUAUUUGUAAAUAGCAGUCUCACGGACACCACAGUCUCCCACAUUCUGCAGUAUUUACAGACUCCCACCGAAUGGCAUCUGCAUAUUCCUUUAAAGUUAGAGGCGCGUUUUUUGGAGGCCGGACAGCUGGUGCGGGGCCAGCGCGCAAUUUCAGGGGAGCGGCGGCACAUCGCCUUCUGGAAGUUUCCUUGGCUCCGAGGCAGAGGUUCUCCCGCCAUCUGGCAUCUGAGCGCCCCGCUCUCUCUCUCUCUCUCUCUAUCUCCCUUGCGCUCUCUCUCUCUCUCUCUCUCCCCCUCUCUCUCUCUCUCUCUCUCUCUCUCUCUCUCUCCCUCUGUCCCUCUGCAGAGAUUCGCGAGGCGUUCAAAGUGUUCGACCGCGAUGGGAACGGAUUCAUCUCCAAGCAGGAGCUGGGCACCGCCAUGCGCUCCCUGGGGUACAUGCCGAACGAGGUGGAGCUGGAGGUCAUCAUCAAACGGCUGGACAUGGACGGUGACGGCCAGGUUGAUUUUGAGGAGUUUGUCACCCUGCUGGGCCCCAAACUGUCAGCCGCAGGGAUGCCUGACAAGUUCAAUGGAACGGACUUUGAUUCUGUGUUCUGGAAGUGCGAUAUGCAGAAGCUGACGGUCGACGAGCUGAAACGGCUGCUGUACGAAACGUUCUGCGAUCACCUGACCAUGAAGGACAUCGAGAACAUCAUCAUGACUGAGGAGAGCCACAUGGAGAGCUCGGAGUGCCAAGUGGAUAUCGACACGAGCCCGAUGCAGCAGGUGAAACACACCUGUGUGAGGAAGAGCCUGAUCUGUGCCUUCGCCAUCGCGUUCAUCAUCAGCGUCAUGCUCAUCGCGGCCAAUCAGAUGCUGCGCAGGGGCAUGAAGUAGGAGCUUCCCCUUCGUCGCCGAAGGGACGCUCGCGAACGGACAGCUCUGUGAAUCCCUGACCACGUCUUCUUCCCCCCCUCCCCCCGUCCGCUGUCUCCCGAACCAGAGCCCGCGCUCCCUCAGCCUCCUUCACCUGGAACGCUGGAACAUCCCUGCACAGCCUGAUCACGCAGCCAUCACCUCUGCCAUCAGCUCGUUUAGAGUGACGCUUCAGUAAGAGUUGGGGACUGGACGGAUCGAUACCGAGACAUACGGAAAUAGGAGUGCGCUACGUACAACAGUGGCGCAGUCUGUGAGUGCAGCAUGUAGCCUUGGCGUGACAGAUCCCCUGCUGAGAAGAUGGUAUAGCUCAUUCUGAUGUCACACUGAGGGGCAUCAGGAACCACUGCGGUUUGGGGGGAGAAACGGGAGAUGGCGCAAAGAAACUGCGUUUAUCGUCCGUCUUUCCUACGUCUCUUCUCUGUCUCUGUCCGUCCAUCCAUUGUGGCGGUCUCAUCCGAUUCAAUAUGACAAUUACCAAAAUGAUCCAAAAUGCAAAUCAGACUGAGGGAAAAGCAUACCGAUACUGCUACCAAAUCAACAAUUAAUGCAAAAAUGAGAAAAUACAUCAUAUGUAUCAUUUUACAUUGAUACACUAUGCUAUAAUAAUAAUAAUAAUAGCUGCAAGCAGCAAUUAAAGGGGCCAAGUGGCCACAAAUAUCCAACUGCCAGUGCUGUCACUUAAUUUAUUGCUUUGCGCUAUGAAACCCACAUAUGUGCAUAAGUAUGUGUUGUAAUCAUAUUAUAUAGAUUUGUCCAUUUUCAAGCUGAACACAGAAGGAUACAAUCAAUAAAUAGCGCUUCUAUGCAUACGUGCAAACACUGGCCAUGUAUAAAUAUGUUUUUUUAUUGUGUACCUACACUGUGUACCUACCUUGUGGCCGUUUGGUGUAACUGCACUGUUUAUGAUACAUAUUUAUGCCAGAAAUCAGCGCUUGUGCAUAUUCAGUGUUUGGUAUUUACAGUGAUUAACAAUCCCCAACAGUUUCAGACACAAGCUAACACAUUUCAAUUCAGAUUUUUAACUCUUUAUAUUUCUGAUAGUAUAAUAUUGUGAUACAGCAGUGUCAAGAAAAAACUAAUAUUUAACAUUAAAGAUCAUAUACUUUUCAUUUUGAAGGUAUCAGUUGCAACAACAAUUGUACAAAUCAAGAUACUGUCAUUGUGUAUUAAUAAUAUGCAAUUAUUAUAAAAUAUUGCUCGUAUGUCUGUAAAUGAAAAGGGAAGCAUUAUUUUUUUAUUAUAAAUAGGCUUUAGUUGUCUCUACAUUUAUCUAUUAGUUACAGGGAACUCUGUGAUGUGUGUGGUGAUUUCUGAAUUGUAUCCUUUUUGCACCAAAGGUCGAACAGUGUUAAACUGGUAGGGUCCAAAUUUGGUUGUGCAAUAUCAUUGUAUCUUGAAACUAGUCUGGGAUUUAGCAAACCUUGUUGCACUGAAUGAUUUGUUGAAUUAGCGUGGGAGUUUAUCAAGAGUGAACAGUGCAACAUAAAAUUUUUAUGUUAGAGCAUUAAACACAACAAAUGCGUGUAGUGCUUUGAAACUGCAGACAGGCAUAAUGACAGGAGUAAUUUUCAGAGAAAAUGACAAGAUGAAUAGGAAAAGGUUUAUGAAGUGCCAAAUUGUUCUUCAUAAAGAGUGCAAUUAUAACAAGCAGCCACCAAGUAGAACCCUAAGGCCAAAAAUGAACUACCUGUAAAUACCAUUCAGUAAUUAAUUAUAACUUUCUGUGCUCAAAUUUAGUGACAUCUAUAUAGUAUGGUUACAAUAUGUUCUUGCAUACUUAUUUAACCUUAAGCACUAUAUGUUAAAUUCUCAAUGUGAAGAAUUCAUGUCAACAGUGAAUGGGAAAUUACUUUUUAGGCGAAUUGUACUUUUGUGAUGCGAUUCAUUUAAAGUAUUUGUCAUAACAGGUAUACCAGUUCUAGCAUUAAUUGUCAUCCAUUACACCUUCAUAUGUCAAAUUCAUAAUGACCUAAUUGUCUUCAUGUCAUCUUGAGCAACCACCAGAAAUGGGAAUUUUUAUAAUGCAAAGCAAUACUUUAUUUUGUGUAGGUUAUUUAGGACACAUCAAAAUUGCAGUGAAUCACUAGGUACAAAUACAUAUCAUUUUGUGUCACUGCAGCAUGCUUGGAAUAUUUGUAAAAUAUUUAAAGUUUAAAUUAAUAUUGCGUUUUUGUUUCAUAUUUGUAGUUGUAGAGCACCAAUAUGUCUUUUGAUUUGUUCAGUUCUUAAUAGUUACAAUGCCACCAUCAUUAAUGUGUGGAUAAACAUUCUAUGUUUCAUCAAAUUCUGUCAAACCACACAGAAUAAUUAGUUUUUAUGCAAAAAAAAAACCGUGCCCGCAUGCUAGUUAAUUGGUUUACUGCAGCAACAUUUAUUUAUUUAUUUUAUUAAAUUUUUUGUGUAGCAAUUUGGCUUAUACAUGUUUAAAACAAACAUUUUUUAUUUUAUUGUCAGCUUUAUAGCACCACCCUGUGGUUCAAUCAUGCAAAUUCUUUAGGGAAAUCCUCGGGAUAGAGUUAUCGAGAAACGUACAAAGUUUCAUCACUUAAUGUAAAACUGUUUGUGAUUUUUUUGUUCAAAAACCACACCCUCGUGUAAAUUCAUUGGCUUACGACAGGCACAUUUUUAAGCAUAGCAACUGUGUCUAUAUGACUUUGAAGAUAUUCACGAGUACAUGUAACAUUCCAAGUUUUGUGCAGAUAAGCCAAAAUGUCUAGGAGAUUAAUUUCUAAGAAUUUUAUAUUAUUAUUCUAAAAUGCAUAAAAAUCUUACCACAUGCCCUUUUUUGCGGAAGGGAUGGAUUUGUUCUAUGAGAGGAUAUGAAUCUAUGAGAAAACAAAUUUCCAUUCUAGGUCAAAGGCGACAGGAGUUAUGGCCUGUCAAAGUUUGCAUUUUUAAUUAUUUGUCACUAAGUGGUCAGGGUCAAAAUCACUAAAAAGCAUCAGGCAAUUUUGCUAGAACUGGAAAAAAAAAACAGUGUAAGAAAGCAUUGGUUCUUGCCCCCCUAUUAUUAAGAAGAAGAAGAAGAAGAAGAAGAAGAAGAAGAAAAUUGAGUUCAAGAGAGCAAUAUCACAGAAAGAGAAUUACUACUGUGCCAUGUGAUCAUUUGUACAUAAAAAGCUAAAUUCAGUUAAACUGAAACAAGAAUUUUUUUUUCAUCUUUAACAAAUAAUGUAUUUACAAACAUUUGUUUAGGAAAACCACAACAAAAAUAUUCAAAACCUUAAAGCCAGACAGAAGCUUGCCCUUAAAUUAAAUUAAAUUAAAUUAAAUUAAAUUAAAUUAAAUUAAAUUAAAUUAAAUUAAAUUAAAUUACUGGUGUGGUGUGGUGUAUAUUUAUUUCUUUAAAGGAGAUACCACAAAGAAACAAUAGUGGAAUAGUGGAACCACAAUCACCUCAAAUGUGCCAUGACCAAUCUGUGGAAGAGCUGGUUAGAAAAGGACUUUUCCUUGAUGCAAAGUCAAUACCAGCCUAGUGCUGCGAGUAUUCCACUUUCUGUAUGCAAGUCAAUACCAGCUGAGAUCUGUGAGCAUUUUUUUCCUGUGUGUGAUCCAAUCCCAGCCCAGAGCUGUGAGCAUUUCUCUUCCUGUGUGUGAGCCAAUCCCAGAGAUCUGUGAGCAUUUCUUUUCCUGUGUGUGAGCCAAUCCCAGAGAUCUGUGAGCAUUUCUCUUCCUGUGUGUGAGCCAAUCCCAGUUUAGAGCUGUGAGAAUUCCUGUCUCUGUAUGCACAGGUGUAAUGAGAUUAACUGCAGGUUCAACUUUUCAUUCCCUUCCAGUCUUUAUCUGAUAGACAGGAAACAUAUUUCAUCACCCCAAAAUAGAAAUAACAAUUACAAAGGGGAAAGGUUUGUUUUAAAAGUUUGUUUUCCAUUUGAACUUAUUAUGCAAAUUAAAGUUAUUUAAGCAGAUAACAUUAUAUUAAUUUAUAGUACUAUUAAUGAUUGUGGUACAUUGUGAAGUAAAUAGUAUAUCUGUGAGGCUAGGAAAUAUAUCAUACUCAGUUUCCAGUGCUUCAAAAGCACAUCUAAACACAUUUAAUAUAUCAUAAUUGAUUUUGGUUUGUUUGGACAUGAGUGUAUUUUUUUAAUCAGGGCUCGGUGUUCAGAAUGUAAUAAUUAAAAUGAUCAGGUGUCUACUGUGAAAUUUUGUGAUGAAUGUUUAUCUAUAAAGAAAAUGAUAAUGAAUCACUCAACAGAAAUAACCAUUUUUAUUUUGCACUAAAAGAGACCAUUGUCUUCCUACUUUACUUCAUAAAGUUUAUUUUAUUGUAGAAAAUAUAGGAAUAGAGUAUUAUGACAAUACAAUAAAAUAUAUAUUUUUAUCUUGUUCACUUUCUAUCGCACAUUAUAUAAAACAAUGUUAAACUUCGCGAAGGGAGAGGGUUUGUGUUUGUGUCGUAGCUGACUAACCCCUGCGCUCUUGUAUUUGGUACAUUCUCAUGGUACGUUAGCUGAACUAUUUGCCAUAAAGCCUAGCCUGUUUAUUAUUAGUUUAGUUUAGUUUAUUUGACAAAAUUAAAACACAUGUAUCAAAAGACUUGCGUGUGAAGAAAUUGUCAAGGAUAACACGAAAAAGUCCUGGACUUAUUUCCAUCGUGGUUCUUGAUGUUCCAUCAGCCAUUAUCAUUAUUGGUCAUAAGAAUAAGUCAUUGCACUCUCAUAAUGUAAACAUAAUUGUCAAUACUGCAGAAGAGAUAGAAAAUGAUUGCAUUCGUUAUGAUAGCAUUUUGUCCAGGUCACCAGUUUUUCCUCAGCAGUUUUUUUUUACCUGCAUUUCAGUCAUGAGGUCAGCUGAGUCUUUGUUGAUGACACGUCUGGAACAGUUCUCAGAUUUAACAUCCCCAGUCAUCCAAAUUAAGCACUGCUUAAUGGUGAUCGACAGCUAUGUCCCACACAGAUAAUGCUGCAUUCAGUGUGGUUAUAAGAACCAUAGAUGCAUUGGCUAUUUGUUUUGACUGCACUGUGGAUGUGCUGACCCACUGGUAUCAGUUCCAGGGCUUCACAGUUUAGGUUGGCUGAGGGCACGUUUUUCUGUCUCGUUAAAUAUGCAAGUCUUUGGUUGUGCCAACUGCACUGUGGUUGUGACCCAUAAACGGGACAACGAGUGGAGAUUUUGCCUAGCAACUGGUGAUUUUUUAUUUAUUUUUUAAAUAACACAUGGCUACUGAAAAUGAAACCGAAAAGUAAAACUUUCUAUUUCGGUUUUAAUUCUGGUCUGAAUAAUUCUCCAGGCCUAGUUUCGUUUUCCAGUUUCAUUUUUGUCCGAGUAAUUCGCCAUACAUGAUGAAUCAUGUGUGGAAAAAGCCAGCUCCCAACCUCAGAGAAUGGCAAACGAGCUGGCCAACACAAUUACUUUACAACAGCGAAUCAGGAAUUGGUCAUUGUCGGCGAGUUGUUGUAGCACUUUGCCGUUGGGGGGAAAAACGCAAAAUUAAAUUGUAAAUUUGACAUGGGUUUAGUUUGGUAAUUAAGGCUGUCUUUUGUACUGCACUGUCAGCAUUCAUUAUGUGUGUGUGUAAAAUAAGAGUUCCAGUGCCUGAAGUGCAAAAAUAACGUGAGGCUUAUUAUAAUCUUUCUGCUUAAAUCGCCACUGUUCACAACUCCUACAAGUUUAUCCGCCGUGGAAAUUGCUUGUCCCUGCCAUCUGUUCGCUCGUCUGUGACCACAGCCAUGUUGUCAGCCAACCUAACCAGUUGAUUUACAUUUUGUUUACGCAGCAGGCCACAGCACAUACUGCUGCCUAAGUGGCUUUCGCAGAGCAGUUUGCCCGUUGAUUUCAUGCUUAUUGGGGAAAUUAAUGUGAUUUGGGACUAUCUGGUUUUUUAUUUGUUUGUUUGUUUCUAGUGGAAGGUCUGCGCUCAAAAACGCACCUGUCAAAUCAUGGAUGAUAGCUAUCUGCUGAUCUGUACUGUG